AACAAAGGAAUUGAAUUUAUUGAGAUCUGGAUUUCUUUUGCUCAGCUUUAUCAGGAUAAAGCUUACGAUCUUCUGAGUAAUUGCGAAACUCCUUUAGAAAUUAAAUCUCAACUAUGUGAAUCUCGUUUUGGCUGCGCAUCUUCAAGAUUAAAAAAAGCGUCAUCGACCCCAGACUUGAAUUUUUUUUACAUUAAAGGACUUUCCUGCUUCAAAGUAAACACUGUUGAAGAAGCUUUCAAGUUAUUUUUAGCGGGCCGACUGACACGCACAAAAUCCAAGACAGGCAUUAAUGAACAAUCUAGCAGAAGUCAUAGUAUCUUUACUAUCAAAAUUAUACGAUUUCGGAAAAUGGAGGAGAGAAAAAGCGCUAAAGUAAAUAGGAUGGACUUUGUUGAUUUAGCGGGAUCUGAAAGAACCAAGAAAGUUUCUCACCGCUGUUCCCCAUCAAACAUCCGUUUGCGCAACGAAACCAAAAAAAUAAAUGAAUCUCUAUUGGUCCUGAGAAAAAUUAUUCGCCAGCGGAAACUGCACGAGCAUGCUUCCUAUCGUGAGAAUCCUCUCACGAUGCUUUUAAGCGGCUACUUUGAGGGGCACGGGAAAGCCAGAAUGAUUAUUAAUAUCAGCCCCUCCAUAUCUGAUAAAGACGAAACAAUCAAUGCAUUGAGUUUCUGUGCUGCCGACGCUAUGAAGCUCGAGCGGCCUAAGUUAGAGGGUAAACCGGAAACUCCAGACAGGAGAGGCAAACAGACAAAUCUUGAAAGAGAAAAUGUUCUUUUGAAAAAAAGGCUUGAAGAUGCUGAACAAAAGAUAAGCAAGUACGAAGAAGCUACUCAAAAAAAAUCAGUUGAUAACUAUGGCCCUUUUGCAAAGUUGGUGUUUGCCUCGCCGUGCCAAAAUUGCGUAUGCCUCCGAGCAACUUUGGAAGAUUUGCAGAAAAGCAACGAAAAGGCGAAGGACGAGUGCAUCAAACUACACGAAAAUAAUACUACACUGCAGCGUGAUUGCGCACUCCUCAAAGAAGAAAAUGCGAAGUUGAGAAAGCAUAUGGAAACGUUUGAAGACGAAAUACGCGAGCAAGUGGCGCUGGAGUUCACUCACAUGCAAGAACUAGAAACUGAACUAAGUAGUAAUGGACACGCAAUAAAGUUCGCUCUUCCGGAAGAAACCUUAAUUGAAACUAAGGAAGGAAACAUGCAUGGAACAGAUGUCAAUGUUAAUAAAAAAAUUACUUUUACUCCUCCAGAACGUUGUAGCAAUAAUAACAGCAAAUUAGACCCCUCUACAACUAAAGUUUGCGAAACCUUUAAAACAGAUAAUAUUUGUAAAGAAAAUAAAGAUAUUUUGUCUCCAUCUCACGAGGAGGGUGUUGGUGUUAGUAAAGUCUGCUCGGAAGGACCAUUUAACAUGGAAAAAAAUCGAUCUUCAGUGGAAGAAGCGGUUUAUAUAUCGCCAAUAAAUAUGAGUAGCGACCUUGCCUUUUGCCGCUUUAAAAAAAAAAGAGGAAAAAUGAAAAAGUCAGUGACUCGCACAGCCUCAGGUAUAAAGAAAUCAGUGAGAGAAUUACAAAUUAAGCAGCAGAAAGCAAAUGAGUUCCUGAACGGUGCUACGUAAAAGAAAAUUGAAAACUGUUGAAACUUUUCUCAAGAAAUAAAAUCUCCUAGAAGGGUUUUACAUAUUUAUC